AUGGCUGUAACACUUCUCCAGGCUCUCACCAAAAGGAACCCUGCUCUCGAAAACUUCGCGCACGAAGGCUCGAAUACUACCAGCCCCGAUUGGAAGAAAGUCGAAAACUGGAGACCAUGGAAAGAAUUCAAUUUCAAGAACCUCUUGUCUGUUUAUCAAGACGCUCUCGCAGUGACUGGAGACCCACCAGAGCUCGAACACGCUUGUGAUUACGACCGGGAAAUCUGGGAUGAGCAUAGCCUGGAUAUUUUCCUUGUAAGGUUCAUCUUCCCAGCGGUCAACUGGGCCCUGAACCAAGCCGCACCGACUCUAGGAUGGGGAAACAAGUCUAUCUAUCUUGCUCCUGGGAGCUGGACCGGAAUGUCUGACUGGGCUCUUGUUUCAAAAGAGCAGAUGCCGGCUGGAUACCAAAAUCUCUUACCCGGUGACACAAAGCUUUCCAACAAAUGGCGCCCGGAGAUGAGGGAGUCCCGGAAUGAUUAUACGCGAUACCAGUGGAGCUUGCCGGUCUCUCAAGUAAGCUCAUAUGCGCUGGAUUCGGGUUGCCGAUAUGGCUUUAUCAUUACGGAUCUGCAGCUCAUCGUCUUGCGCUUUUCUCGAGAGCCAAUAGGCCAAGGCCUAGCCCUGUCUCGCUCUCGAAGGCAGCCGCAACAAACACAUCAAAGGAUUGCAUCAGGGAGCACAGACGUGUCAUCUCAGUUUGAAGCCAUGUCAUUUGAAUCAUCUGGCGCGGCAUCUUAUGCGAGCGGCAACCAUAACGACAGAGAAUAUGCACCUCCAGAGUAUGUCAUAAUUCCAUGGGAUGCACACGGUGAAAAAUUAACUAUGAAGAUGGCACUCUUCUGCCUUUGCUUAAUGGCAGCAGGAGGGGAGGGCAAGAUUGAUGUUUCAUACCCUCCUCUUGAUUCUUGGAGGUCUGAUAUGCAAGGCUUUCGCCACAACGCUUCAGGACGCUUUCUUGAGAUUCUGCCCAUCGAUGCCGUCAUUUUCAACUCUCGAGAGGCGGAGCCUGGUGUCAGUCAAACAUAG